AUGAGCAGGUCCUCGCAGCUCGCACAGAUCUCAUCCAGUGCAGCUAGCACUUACUCGACUCACUCGGGUCUUUCCAAGGUUUGGCGUACGGUAAAAACUCAUGGCGGUGUAUACACAGGUGGGAAAGUUGAACUUUUUGAUGGCUGCAUUGGCUCCGCCUCCGAGCAUCGCGCACUUAUGGCCUGUAUGCUACAUGAUGACGUGGCCAUCAUCGAAGCGGAAACUGGUGAGCUUCAGUGUACUUUGCAGCAGGAUGUUAAAGAUGACGAUAUGAAGGAAUCUUUUGUGGUGUUUGCUGUACGGCCUGGCAAGAAAAAUCAAUUGGUGACAGCCGGUCGAAAUCUGCUUCUGCGCGUGUGGGACUUGAAUACCUUUGAAUGUGUGCGCACUAUCAAGGCUCAUGACACUCCUGUUCUUGCAAUGUGUUUCGACCCAUCGGGUACGUUGCUGGCUACAGGCGGUAGUGAUCGCACCGUCAAAGUUUUUGACGUGGACAAAGGCUUUUGCACGCACAAUUUUCGGGGACAUGCUGGUAUUGUGACGCUCGUGCAGUUUCAUCCUAAUGCGGUGCAACUGUCGCUUGUAUCAUCCAGUGAUGAUGGCACAGUGCGCAUUUGGGAUCUAUACACACAGAAGCAAGUGGCGUGCAUUCAGGACCAUAUGAGUGUUGUGACUAGUGUGGUGUUCUCAGAAGAUGGGUGUACUAUGCUGUCUGCCGGACGCGAUAAGGUCGUCAAUUUUUGGGACUUAAGGAACCAAAAACUUAGCAAAACAGUACUGGUACAUGAAGCGAUUGAAGGCUUGGUAAUUGUGCCUUCCUCAUUCAAAUGCGUUUCUUCGAUAAAAUCAAAAUUUGACGACGACAAGGCAAUCUACUUCUUAACAGCUGGAGAAAAAGGUGUUUUGCGUCUGUGGCGUAGCAGUGGCAGUACUUGCGAAAUGUUGCUUGCACAGGAAUCAAAUGCAUCAUCUUCACUUAUGUACAUGGACCUGCUGCUUGGUACAACCCGUCGCGAGGUCGUAGUUGUGUCGUCUGAGCAGAAUUUGAUAGUGUUUGAUGAGAACUUGACACGCCGUACACAAAUUAUCGGCUACAACGAUGAUAUUCUUAAUCUCAAGUACAUUCCAAAGGCUGAUGCAAGUGGAGCGCCCUCAGACGUUUUGGCCGUGGCUACGAACAGUGAACAGAUUCGUUUGUUGAACAAACACACAUUGUCCUGUGAACUUUUAUUUGGUCACACAGAUAUCGUCAUGGCUCUGGCAGUCUCUCCCGAUGGACGAUGGCUUGUAAGUGUUUCAAAGGAUCGCACUGCUCGACUAUGGGACUUGCGUCCAUCUGGUGGUAAAAAGAUGGGCAGGACGCUGCCACGUUGUAUAGCGGCUUGUGCAGGUCACACGGAGGCCCUCGGUGCUGUUGCUAUCUCACAACGUGCCUCUAGCUUUGCCACCGGCGCUGCUUUUUUUGUUACUGGAAGCUCGGACAAGACAUUAAAGCUGUGGAGUCUUCAACCGCUGGCAGGUGUGUAUGCCUCGCAGACAAAAGUUUCGCCACCAGAGCUGACGAUUACUACGCUUGGUGCGGUUAAGGCUCAUGACAAAGACGUGAACGCGCUCGCAGUAUCACCGAAUGAUCGUUUUAUUGCCAGUGCAUCGCAAGAUAAGCUCAUUAAAGUGUGGUACUCACAACAAAGUGGCACUUCCAGACUUUUGACACUGGCUGGUGUGUGUCGAGGCCACAAACGUGGUGUCUGGUCCGUUGAGUUCUCUCCAGUUGAUCAAUGCCUGGCUUCUGCCAGUGGUGAUAAGACUGUGAAGGUGUGGUCGGCCAAGGACUUUACCUGUUUGAAGACAUUUGAGGGUCACACUGCCUCUGUAUUGAGCGUGCAAUUCGCUUGUGCCGGUAUGCAACUUAUGUCUGCUGGAGCCGACGGGCUCGUCAAGCUUUGGACCAUCAAGAGCAGCGAAUGCGAAGCUACGCUGGACAAUCACGAGGACAAAAUAUGGGCUCUCUCUGUUGCCAAGGACAGCUCUGAGAUGGUUAGUGGAGGUGCAGAUUCGACUAUUAAUAUAUGGCGAGACUUUACGGAAGAGGAGGAGAAGGCUCAGCAGGACGACCGUGAUGCCAAGCUGCUUAAAGAGCAGAAGCUUUUUAGUUGCCUACGAAAUAACAAUUUAUUGGAUGCUGUGCGGCUCGCAUUCGAGCUUGAAUACCCUAAUCGCCUAUUACAACUUCUACGCCAUCUACUCGAAGGACCGCGACACAAGGACCAGCCUGUCUAUCGCGACGGUGACCCGAACACUUUUCUACCUGAGGACACUUUUGAACCUGUGGUGCGGAGUCUGACAGAUGAGCAACUUACAACGCUUACGGAAUGGUUGCGAGACUGGAAUACCAACGCUCGCAACACUAGCGUUUGCCAAGUCCUUUUGAGCACCAUUUUGCGCGAAAUUUCUCCAAAUCGUCUGAAAUCGCUUCAAGGUGUUUCCAAGACAAUCGAAGCUUUAAUUGUCUAUAGCGAACGACACUUUCAGCGGAUUGACCGUAUGCUGCAAAAGUCAUAUCUCGUGGAUUUUAGUAUUGUUACCAUGAAAAGUCUGCUGCCAGUUGCAGGAAACGAUUCAACCGUCGAAACGACUGACAGUGAUAGCGGAGCUGUAGAGGAGUUAGAGUUAAAGUCAGAGCAACAGCCACGAAAGCGUGGUAAGACUGCAACUACUGGAAUGUCGAAGAGACUACGAGCGCAAUGA